AUGGUUCGGCCGAACGCACUAUCUGCACAUUUUUUCACUGGGAUUCACAUAAUCCCUCAACUGAGUCAUGUCAGUGUGCCUUCCAUUUCGUUUCAACAGGCGGAUGUUAGGGAUUCUUAUCGCGGCCGCAGACGCAGGAUGGUGGGAGAGAUAGAGAGAGAGAGAGAGUGCAAUUGUGUGCACCACUUCAGAUUGCGGACCAUUCCAGGACCGCUCGGCCGAAGUAUGGCCCGCGCCCAGUCCGAUUGUCUAAUCUCUUUUUCACGUCACUCUCAAGACGGCUCGCCUGACCUCCGCCUGUCCGUACACCGCCGUCUCGCCUCUGAUCGAUCCCUCCGAUCCGCUUCUUCCGUCUGUCCCAGCCUUCGUGCUGCCCUUUGCCUCGAUCGAUCGAUCGGUCGCUUUCUCCCUUUUCCCGUUCGCCUAGCGGCCCUCGAGGCGAUGGCAGACAGGCGCAUAAGUACAGUGGGUCAGGUUGAUGGCAAAAGAAACCGAAGCAGCAGACAGUCUUUGCAUCCCUCAGCCUCUCGGAUUGCCACCUGGCUUGAGGCAAUGAAGCCGCAUUGUCUGGUCGCCCCAGAGCGACAUGUUUAUCUCAUAUCACGCCUGUGCUGGCAGCAUCGAGAUCUUGAUUGUGAUUGUUAUUGUGAAUGUGAGUGUGAUUUUGCCUUGCUGAAAAAGAAUCCCCUCUGCAGCCACAUGGCCAAAGCGCGUAGUGUAGACACCCAUUUUAUCCAUUCCACAUUCUACCUUGAGGCGUUGCCAAGUCCCAAUCGUCUCGGUAGACUCCGCGAGAGUAAUGCUGUCGUUAUGGCCAGGGUAUCUGAGUCUUCCUUCUCGAUCAGCCUAGCGCCGACUUGCUGCAAUGUGGCCAAGUGGGAAUACCGUAAUCCGAUACUGUCGAAAGCGAAUCUGUGA